GACAGACAGUCGUUCUCUAUGUUCCUAUGUGCUUUCUACAGAUAGAAGGAUAGAAGACGAACCGUCUUUCUAAUGCGCAGCAUGUUAAAGCUCUGCCUCACGGUGACUCUGUGGAUUAUUUUGCACUUUCAACUUUUCAAUGUUGCUGCUUUCAACCUGGACACACAAAAUAUCAUGCAGAAAAAAGGAGAUCCAGGGACUCUUUUUGGAUUUUCUGUUUCCUUUCACGAGCAGCUGAGUCCUACCAGAAAGAAACUAUUACUUGUGGGAGCACCACGUGCGAAACACCAGGAUCACGUGAAUGUUACAGGAGUUGUUUACAUGUGUGACUUGAGCACAACAUCUGAGCGUUGUCAGCCCAUCCAGUUUGACCACAAAGAGUUCCUCAGUAGUAAAGGAACAAAUAACCAAUGGAUGGGAAUUAAAGUCACAAGCCAAGGUGCUGGUAAAAAUGUAAUGGCAUGCGCUCAUCGAUAUCAGCACCCGAAACCUUACAGCCCUAACUUGUUGACGGGUCAGUGUUACCUGCUAGGAGACCAGCUGCAGGUCGGGAGCGAGGAGAGAUCAUGGCGGAGGGUGGUUUGUGAUAAUGGACACUUGGCCAAUCGGCGGAACAACCACGAGUGGUUUGCAUACUGCCAACAGGGACACGGAGCAUCGUUUGCCAAGGAUAAUACUUCUGUACUUUUUGGAGCUCCAGGAGCUUAUGAAUGGAAAGGAAUUGUGCGUAUGGAAGUUCUGGAUAACUUGGACUAUACAAAUGAAAAUUCUCGAGAAACUGGAUUUACAGAUCGCUUUGAUCAUGAGCGCAUUCCUCUUCAACCAAACAGCUACCUGGGAUUCUCUGUAGACUCUGGAAUGUCUCUAAUCAGGAAGGGGGAGCUGACGAUUGUGUCAGGAGCCCCCCGAGGAGGCUUCAGCGGCCAGGUGGCCUUCCUGAAGGCAGACCCCGUGGCUGAGACAAACUUGCUGGUGGAGCAGGUUCUCUCUGGACCGGGCCUGGCCUCCUCCUUUGGCUAUGAUUUAACAGUCGUCGAUCUCAAUGCUGAUGGGUGGGAAGACCUCGCUGUUGGAGCCCCUCAGUUCUACUUGAAAAAUGAGGAUAUUGGAGGAGCCGUCUUCAUCUAUAUUAACAGGAAGGGGAAAGACUGGGAUAAUAUUGUUCCAGUUCCGCUCUAUGGACAAAGGGAGUCCAUGUUUGGUUUGGCUGUGGAAAACAUAGGAGACAUCAAUCAAGAUGGCUAUGGAGAUAUUGCUGUUGGAGCUCCAUAUGAAGGCUCCGGUCGAGUGUACAUUUACUGUGGCUCAGCAGAGGGGGUCCACAAAGAACCAUCCCAGGUGAUCUCUCCCGAAUUAAAGACGGUGAAUCUCUUUGGAUAUUCGCUGUCUUGUAACAUGGACGUGGACGACAAUCAAUACCCUGAUCUGGCAGUUGGAUCUCUCUCAGACUCUGUUUUUGUUUUCAGAGCACGGCCGGUGGUCAGUGUCAGAACUAACAUGAAAAUAACGCCAAGUCAUGUAAACAUCAUUAAGCAACGGUGUGAUGAACAAACAUGUGCUUUUUCAGGUCAGGCAUGCUUUGCUUAUGCAGCAAAACCCGCAUCGUAUAACCCAAAACUGACACUAAACUACAUUUUUGAGGCUGAUUCCGAAAGAAAGACAUCCAGAUCAAGAGUGGAACUUCUGUUUUCCUCUCAAGGAAAACUGGUGCUUCCUGAACAAGGAAAACAAAAGUGUACUGACAUCAGACUUCGACUUGUGCGGGACAUUAGAGACAAGCUGAGCAGCAUCCCCGUCUCUGUCACUGUGUCCCUAUGGAGCUCUGAGGAGGGGACCGGAGCGAAUGCUGAUGAGUCCAGAAUCACUCCUGUCCUCAACUUUUACCAGCAGAAAACCACUGUAUCAGAGAUUAUAAUCAUAAAUGAUGGCUGUGGAGAUGAUAAUAUCUGUCAGAGUAACCUACAAAUUCAGUACAAUUUUUGUUCCAAGAAGACUAAAAAUGGACAAGUUGUUUUUACAUCACUAGUCCGACAGGAUGGCAUCGCAGUCAUCACUCCGUCUGAUGAAGACAUAGCCUUGGAGAUCACUGUGACCAACAGAAAUGGCGAUGAUGCACAUCAGAGUCGCGUCAUCAUUACCCUCCCAGAUACUCUGAGGUACUCGUCUGUUGUUCACGGAGAAAAAGAGUUUAGCUGCUCCGCCAAUGAGAAUGGCACACUGAUAGAAUGUGAGCUGGGAAACCCGUUCCAUAGAGACGCUGCAAUUACAUAUUACAUCAUUCUAACAACUACUGGCAUCUCAUUGAGCACAAGAGUCGUGAAUGCAACUCUGCAGCUUCAAACGACAAGUGUGCAGAAUCUACAGCCAGUUGAGGUUUUGGCCAAGGUGGUUUUUGAGUUGGAGCUGAAAAUGUAUGGAGUCGUCAGACCUUCUCAAGUUUCUCUCGGUGACAUUUUGAAGGGUGAGAGUGCCAUCCAUUCACUGGACGAAAUAGGACCAUCAGUCCAGUUUGAUUUUAAGAUAAUAAACUCAGGCAGACCCCUGAAGUCUUUCACGAAUGCGUCUCUGAACAUCUACUGGCCAAAGGAGACUUCUGUGGGGAAAUGGCUCCUGUACUUGACUCACAUCAGCAGUGAGGGUGUCCGGCCUGUGCCAUGCUCACCUGCAAACGAACUGAAUCCACUGAAACAUGUCAAGGGCUGGAAUGUUCCAUCAAGACAAAAACGUGACGCCACAUUAGAAGCUCUCUCCAGUGAAGGGUUAACAUUUCUUCUUAAGAAGAGAAAGCAUAAAACCUUGAGUUGUUCUGAUGGACUGACAUGUGUGGAGAUACGGUGCCCCCUGCUGGAACUGGACAGUACUGCUAUGGUGGUUCUCCAUUCUCGUCUCUGGAAUGCAACUUUGGAAGAGGAUUACAGCCAUUUAAGCUUCCUUGACAUUAUGGUGGAUGUCACUCUCAGCCUCAACAACGCUCCAGAAAAUAUUGGAUUGAAAUCAGAAACAAAUGCGACUCAGGUUAAGCUGACGGUAUUCUUUGAAAGAAAAACAGAAUUUCUGACUAAAGUUGCGUGGUGGAUAAUCCUCCUGACAGUCAUCACUUUAGUGCUGCUGUUGGGCUUUCUGUGCUACACUCUGUGGAAGUAUAAAUGUGUUGACCGCCUCACUCACAAGAAGAAGGCCUCAGACGAUCCAGUGAAAGGCUGAGAGGAUUCCUGAUGAUGUGUCUCCAGCUAACCUCCACUCAUGUAUACUUUCCAGUUCCGUCAAUGUACAGUUUUAUAAUUACACUGCAAAUAAAAAUAUUUCUUCAAAUGUUUUAAUGAAGCAGAAAAUGUCACUUGUUUCAUACAAAUACAAAAAAAAAUACUUGUGCUAUACGUUCAACAUGAAGGAAUAAGCAGAGGGAGCACAGAAGAGGUGGAAUGAAGGGGAGUUUUUCCUGAAAUGAAGUUAAAAGUUUGCAGUCUUCCACUCACUGCUGUGACUGCCGACCAUCCAAACAAACGCAUAAUUACAACAUUACAGUUUGUGCAAAAGCAUUGUGUUUCUGGAGAAAUCCUGACCACAGUUCUUCUUGAUUAAAAGAGUUCUCUCCAAAUGGGCACAUCCACGCCUGCUGGUAGUGGCUUCAGAUUAUCAUUUAAAAUGUCAUUUCCUACAAAAAAAAAUAAUCCUGUUUAAAAAAAAAA